AUGAGCUGCUCAUCGAGAGGAACUUCAACAGAUUACCAGCUCUACGUUGCAAUUGGCUGCUCUGGAAUGGCUGCUCGUGGCUCUGCUGGAACAGAAAGCUCGCAGAGUCUGUCGUUGGAACUAAAUACGUGGAAAAAUGACGACUCCCUCUGCCUAUCAAGGUCUAAUACGUCAGAAAGUUUGCAAUCGCUAGCUAGCACCGUUUCAACGACGUCUUCCCUGGCUAGGAGUAAGAACUAUUUUUGUGACUACGAAGGCUGCAAUAAGGCGUUCAGCAGGCCUUCACUUUUGACCGAGCACCAGCAAGCUGUGCAUCAGGGCCGGAAACCGUUCAAAUGCGAGCUUUGCGAUAGAUCUUUUGCAAAGAAAAGCCAUUUGGAACGCCACCUCCACGCCCAUGCGGAGGAUAAACCGUUGCAUUGCUCUUUUUGCCAGAAAGGGUUCACUACUGCCCAGCAGUUGAAACGACACGAGAUCACACACACCAAAUCGUUCAAAUGCCCGUACGAAGGGUGUCAAGAAUGCUUCUACAAACACCCACAGUUGAGGUCUCACAUCAUGGCCAUCCACGAGAAGAAUUUGUCUUGCAAGGUGUGCGGAAAGGAGUUUCAGCGACCCUAUAGACUGCGAAAUCAUAUGGCAAAACAUCACAAUCCAGAAGUGCAAAACCCUUAUCAAUGUUCUCACGGAAGCUGUGCAAGCUGCUUCAAGACUUGGUCGCAGCUUCAGGCGCACAUUAAAAAUGAUCAUCCUAAGCUGCGAUGUCCAAUUUGUGCAAAACCGUGUGUUGGAGAAAGCGGUCUUCGAAUGCACAUGAACGUGCACGACGAAAACCUUGUAAAGAGGAACUGGAAGUGCGACAUCUGCUCUGACGUUUUGUUUGCCAAAAAGUCGUUAAUGCUGGAACAUUAUGCUGACAAACAUACAGAAGAGUUUGCUGAAAUUCAGCGUCGGUUGGAUAAUCAAGCAGGAGGUAGAGAAUUUUUGCAAGAUGAUGGUGAAGUUUUUGAAAAUCCUUUCAGGCAGUCCAAAAAGCGCAGACUCAAUGAAAUAAAACUUGUGCGAAGCGAAAUGAUGCUAGAGAACUAUUUAUCUGAAGGCAAAGGAGCGGUUGACUUGCUGCUGAAUACCGUAGGAAGAAAGCUCAGAUGCACAUUUGACAAAUGCUAUAGAACGUUCAAAACAGAAGAGAGGUUGAAAAAGCAUAUCGAUAGACACAAGAUACAUGAAUUGAAGCUAAAGGUCUUGCAGGAGAAGACUUCGCUAGAAGAAAAUCGAACCAGCGCUAGAAACGAUGAAACUGAUGUACAAAAAGAUAAUGUCGGCGGUGGGACGCAAUCGGAAACGGAUACGACAGCUUCGGCUUCUGAACCUGUUGCUCUUAUUUAG